AUGGCAAUUGUGGAAGGAUGUAUCAGAAGCGGAAUGGAAGAUGAUCUGGGAGGACGAAUCGAAAUACCUAAAAAUCUUCUAACAGUAUACCCAAAAAUUACGCUCUCAAAAAUGAUAAAAAUCAAGAUCCUGGUACACUUAAGGCAGGCACUCACUCUUUUCGUGAAGCAACAGAGAAAUUUAUCACUUGGACCGGUAAAAUCGGACAAGAUCCAAGGACGUCAUGAAUGGGCCUUAGAUAAAUUAAAGGAGGAAGUAAUACGUCCUUCAGUUGAACCAGAAGAAAUCAUAAAGGUUAUAGAUGAAUUCCAGGACGAUCAACAAGAGGAGAACGAUGAUGUGUUGAGCAAAAUAAGUGUUGAUGACGUAUUGGAUGCGGAGGUCUGGACCAAUCGACCCAUCGUUAAUUUCCUCAAGAAACUAAGGGAAUCCCUGCUGACAGAGGAUGACGUGAUUGAAUAUAUUAACGAAUGUAAAGUAACUAUUCAACUAGUAGAGGAAGUGGAGAAAAAACUCAUACCGGCUUUCAUCACACAUUCCAACAAAAUCCCAACAAAAGAGGAGAUUAAAGAAUUUGACACAAAUAACCAGAAGAUGGUGAACCGACUUGUGAAAGAAGAUAAAAUGAAGAGAAAUAGUCUUCGUGUAUGUGGUUUUGCUAACAUCGUAGAUAGUAGGAAAUUUAUUUCUUUAAAACAAAUGUAUGUGGAGUACCACGAUAUCAAAUUAAAUAGCGACAUAGCACAGCCAUUACAAAAUUUUUAUUUAUUUUCAGAGUAG